CGGUGCUAGCCACCACAGAGUCACGGCCUUAAAUCUCUCGCACAUGGGUCUUGCCGGAGUUAUUCCUCCACAUCUAGGCAACCUCUCAUUUCUCGUUGAGUUGGGCUUGAGAAUAAUAGCUUUCAUGGUCCCCUACCGCAAGAACUGUCUCGUUUGCGCCGGUUGAAGGAGAUUAACUUUGGAAACAACGGCUUUAUGGGAACCAUUCCUUCGUGGUUUGGGUCCUUUGCUAAACUUCAAACCAUCAAAUUGUACGGUAAUGGCUUCUCGGGUUUCAUACCGGCUGCUAUCUUCAACUUAUUUGCACUCGAAAUAAUUAAUCUAAGCAGGAACCAACUAUCGGGUAGCAUACCCAGAGAAAUAGGCAACUUAACAAUGGUGAAGGGCAUAUACCUUGACGACAACAAGUUCGAAGAACUUCCGAACGAGAUGGGCAGUUUAGUUCAACUGGAGGAGUUGUUUGUGCAGUCCAAUGCCCUAAAAGCCUAUGCUCUUGUACCUGUCUUCAACAUAUCUUCUUUGACUUUUUUGACUCUAUACGGAAACAACAUGAGUGGCAGUCUUCCGGACAAUAUAUGUGAGCAUCUUUCGAGUAUUCGAAUAUUUGAUUUGGGUCGAAACCAGCUUGGCGGUCUGAUUCCCUCCAAACUGUGGCAACGCAAAGAGCUUCGUGAAAUCUCAUUAUACUCUAACAAUUUCCGUGGAAGCAUACCCAAAAGUCUUGGCAAUUUGACCUACUUAACCGAUAUUCGUCUUGGUGAGAAUCAUUUAACAGGUACAAUACCGGAUAAGAUUGGUGAUCUUCCGCAGUUAGAGAUUUUGGGACUGCAAUUUAAUAAUCUCAGUGGCGUCAUCCCAUCCAAACUCUUCAAUCUCUCCAUGAUAAAAAUAAUAAGGCUUUCUUUCAAUCAGGUCUCAGGUAGCCUCCCAGCAAACAUCGGUCUUAACGCUCCAAACCUAGAAUUCUUUACUGUAGCCAGAACUAACCUCGUGGGUGGACUACUCCCUAACUUCUCCAAUGCUUCCAAGCUCAGGGUGCUAGUCAUGAGCGAAAACUCAUUUUCCGGGUUUCUUCCUAGCACGCUCUGUUCCUUGAAAAACCUUGAGUAUCUUUUAUUGUACUCGAAUAAUUUGACAAUUGAUGCUUCUACUCCACAAGCAGCAAGCACUCUCUCUUGCUUGUUUAAUCUUAGAAAUUUGACAAGGUUAUUCUUGGGAGACAAUCCACUAAACACCACGAUUCCAGCUUCUCGCAGGAAUCUCUCUACGUCACUCCUAUAUGUGAGUUUAUUCCGUUCCAACAUCAGGGGCAACAUUCCAGUAGAAAUUGGCAACUUGAGCAGCUUGAUAUUACUAGACCUGGGAACCAAUCAGUUGAGUGGAGCAAUUCCAACUUCAAUACAAAGGCUACAAAAUCUCCAAGUUUUGUAUUUGUAUGAUAACGAACUGCAAGGGCAUAUCCCGUAUGAACUCUGUCAACUAAACAACCUAGCCUAUUUAGCUUUGGCUGGUAAUCGGCUCUUUGGUUCUAUUCCUUCCUGCUUGGGUACUUUGGCAGUAGCUCUAAGAUUUCUAUGGUUAGGGUCCAAUUUGUUAACUUCAAAAAUACCAUCUUCCUUGUGGGAACUCAAGUAUAUAUUGGACCUAAACUUGUCAUCCAAUUCUCUAGUUGGACCACUCUCGGAAGACAUCGGAAAGUUGAAAGAUGUGCUGAAUAUGGACUUGUCAAAUAACCAUUUCUCCGGAAACAUUCCCGAUAGCAUUGGGGGUCUUCAGAAAAUGAUUGAUUUGUCCUUGGCAAUUUGCCUAAAUCAAAAUAUUAAGAGGCGAAGAGCUUACAUAUGUAUGAGCUGACGAAUGAAACUGGAGAAGUUUUUGUGCUUGAAAUAGCUGGGGAGCAGAACCCAAGCGAACUCGCAAGAAGAGAGACGGAGCAGGAGUCGCGGACAGGGAGGAGGUAGAGGGCAUGGAUUUAAAUAUCGAAAAUAUCGGCGAAAUAUCGCCGAUAUUUUCGUUUUUUUUGACUUACCGAUAUUUUAAGGAGUAUCCAAUGAGUUUUCGUCAAAAUAUCGCGAUAUUAGUCCAAAAAUUCCUUAAAAUUUGGAAAAGACUCGGUUUUGAGCAUAAAGGGGUUCGAACCCCUCCCCCUUAACUUCUUAAGGCCUUAACCACUGUACCACUUAUGUUGUUAUGAUAAUAAGCUACAAUAUUUAUAUAUAUGGUUUAUUUUUACAAGAAACAAAUUUGCACAUAUUCCAAA